AUGGCUCAAUCUAAUUCCGGUAUGAAUGUGGCUUUGGACUUGGAAAUGGUAUGUUUUUUAAAUUGAUUGAUUGAAUUUUAGGUAGUAUGUUAAAAUGAAGGAGAAUUGAUGGUUAAAUUUUUGUUAUCUAUAUUGGUGUAUGUGAAAGAAGUUCAAACAGAUGUGAGGUUCUAAGAUUGUCCUCGUAUAAUAAAACUUCUAAAAAAUGUUCUCUAGAUCUUUUUGUAUUACUGACAUAAUAGAUAAUAGCAUAGAACCUUUUAAACGGAUAAAACUCUUAUUUUCUAUGUUGUUGUAGGAAUAUUUAGGUUUUUAUUAAUUUUGUUUUUAUGGUAGAAGUAAUACAAUACACAGCUGUAGAAGAUAUAAAACUUGCUCAUUUUUAACAUAAUUUUAAUUACACGUUCGUUGAAGUUUUUAUUAUGAUUAACUUAAAAAAUUGUAGUAUAUUAGCUAAAGAGAUUUUUUUAGUUAGAAAAAGAAAUUCAAGAGAAAGAAGAAAGUCGACGAACACAGAAUUUCGAAGACUUGAGUGGAACUAUUGGCAACGCAGCUCCCAGAAGCUACAAUCCAAAUCAGAAUUACAAUUCCGAUCCCAUUGAUGGCGCUACAGACUUUGACACUCUCGACGAACCGGUUAUUGUCACUAUUGUGAGUUUAUUUAGUUUUUUCUUUUAAUUUUAGGGGUACUACAACAUGAAUUUGGAUUUGUUUUAUGGAUUGUAAACGAACUAGUUGUUGAAGGUUUAUUUUCAAGGUACUUAGGAUUGUUACACUGAUUAUAUAGUUAUUUACAAAAUGUGUUUUAGAAAAGAGAUGCUAAAUUGAUCGCUGCCAAGUUUAUGCAAGUAUUAAUACCGCCAAAGGACCAGCAUUGCCUCAGAGAUUGGGAUCUAUGGGGACCAUUGUUUGUAUGCGUCGUUUUAUCAUUGUAUGUUUGCUUUAACUUCAUAAAACAUUAUAAUUUUAUAGAUUCAUUAAAUUUUAAAAAUGUCAGGUUUUAAUUCUUUGAAACUUUGAGUUUUUAGGCAUUUAAAAGUCAAAACAAGUAAAUUUUAUAAUAUUUAUGUAAAUUUAAGUGUUUCUUGUUUAGAUUGCUUCAAGAUACAGUUGCUGGUACAGGGCCGGCAUUCACAGAAGCCUUUUCAUUGGUGUUCUUUGGAUCGGUUGUGGUUACUGCUAAUAUCAAGCUUCUCGGUGGUAAAAUGUAAGAUUUUAUCAAUUUUUUUUGUUCUUAUUAUUUUUGUCAAAUUCAAUGCAAAUUUAUAUGAAAGUAGAGUUAUAUGGAGGAAAAAACUCGUAAAACAGAUAAAGAUCACUUCCAAAACAAAUAGAGAGAAAAAGAAGAGAAAGGCGAGUGUCUCCCAUGUGGUCUAGUGGUUAGGAUUCGUGGCUUUCACCCACGCGGCCCGGGUUCGAUUCCCGGCAUGGGAAGGAAACUUUUUGGAGGUUUUUGAAUUGAAAAUCGUUAUGAAAGGGUUAAAAUACGGAUUUUUUCUUGGUUUUUUAUUAUUUUAAUGUAUAUUUUUGCAGUAAAAAAUUUAUUUUAGGAUUUUUUAGCAUUCUUCGAUUGAAAAUGUCACUUUUUGUAAAUUUCUUGAAUUUUUAAUUGAAAUUGUUAUAAAAACGUAAUUUUUAGCUCGUUCUUUCAAUCUUUGUGUGUUAUUGGUUACUGCUUGUUACCAUCAGUGUUCGCAUCGAUUACAUGUCACUUGUUGCACAUGGAAGGUGCAAAGAAACUGAGUAUGUUCUUGCGAUUGGUUGCUUCUGGCUUCGGAUUCGCUUGGUCAACUUAUGGUAAGGUUGGAAGGUGCUUUUAUAGCAAUAUGAAUUUAAUUUUUGUUUCAAUUUUGAAAAUUGAGGUAUAUUUGAAAAUGACGAUGACUGUAUUUUGUUGUAGCUAAGACUCAGUUCUGCUUAGUACAAAAAGUGUUGUAGUAGCCUAAGCCUGUUGAUUUUGCUAAAAGUUAAUGAAAGUUUUGAGAGAAAAUGCAUUUUUUAAUACAAGGUGGCUGAACUUUUUACUUAUGUGGUAUUUUUAGCUUCGACAGCCUUCCUGGCCUCGGCUCAGCCCGAAAGACGAAAGAUCCUGGCCAUGUAUCCAGUGGUACUGUUCUACUUUGUCGUAUCAUGGCUCGUAUUCUCCAACUCGUAA